GUUGUCAGUUACCGCACGGGCAUCUUGGCGAAAUGUUCUUCGCGGAAGAUUUUGCAAGAAAACGAUAACUUGUUUGGUUUUACUCAUUGUCAUCAUCAUUCUUGGAAUUUGUUCUCUUUGCAAUGUGUCGUCUGCAAAUAUAUCAGAAACAAGACACGAAUUGCCUGUUCUUCGCGAUUACUUAAAUGUACAAAAUGAAAGAACUCGACAUAGUGAUAUUGGAAUAACUAAACGUUCUGAAUAUAAUGCAAAACAGACUAUAGCACAAGGUUCUGAACAUAUUGUGAAACAGACUUUAGAACAAAGUUCUGAACAUGAUGUGAAACAGACUUUAGCACGUGAUGAUUCAAAAUGGGAAGUCGGAAAUCGAACAUCAAUGAAGCCAAGUACUCAGAGAAAAAAUCCUGUGACGCAUAUAGGAUUUUUGAAAGUUCACAAAGCCGGGUCCACUACCAUGCAGAAUCUGCUUUUCAGAUUUGCAUUAAAGCACGGUUUAAAUAUUCUAGUCCCAAAACGUAAGGGGAGCAAUUAUUUCAACCACUUAGAUGACAAAAUUCCUCUGAAGUCUGGAAAACAUUACGAUAUAUUUGCAUGCCAUACUCAUGGUUACCAGAAAGGUUUUUUUGGAAGUCUUCUUCCGAAUGAUUCGGUAAAUAUCGCCAUAGUUCGUGAACCAUUAAGCCGCAUGAUAAGUUCAGCUUAUUAUUACAGAGACGUGUUCGGCGUUCCAUACUUGAAAAAAGUACCAGAGAAGGGUUUUAUAAACAAUCUUAUAAAUUCACAAAAGAAAUAUGAUAAAAAUCUAUUUUCACACACGAGAAACUCGAUGGGGAGAGAUUUCGGGCUUCGAAAUAGGACGGACAAACAUGACUUAGAUUUACCUGUGAUACUUAAAGAGUUAAACGAAGAGUUUUAUUUUGUUAUGGUCAUGGAAAAAUUCCACGAAUCCCUUAUAAUGUUAAAACGGCUUCUCGGGUGGUCAUUCUUAGAUAUCUUAUAUCUGAAAACAAAUUCACACGAACACAACUCUACAGUUUUGACGGAGCAGGAAAUUAAAAAAUUCAGAGAUUCGAAUUACAUAGACGUCGCAAUAUACGAGUAUUUUUAUGAUGUAUUUGAAAAGAAAUUAGCGAGAGUCGGCCAGGACUUUCAUCAUGAGGUAGCAUUCUUUAAAACUCUUUUACAGCAAGUGUACGAAUUUUGCGAAUUCAAAGCGUCGACAGAUGACGAUGCAAUAUUAUCAAUAGAGUUGUCCAAAUGGGAAGAAAAAUUCGAAGUGACAAAAUUCGACUGCGUUCUGAUGCGUACUCACGAAGUAUCUUUUAUUUCAAAGCUUCGUGCCAAGUACCUGCGUGAAUCGCCAGGUUUUCGUAUUCGGUAGUUUCUUAUAAGUUGAAGGAAUUCAAUUGCGGCGAUAUUAAAGAUGGCCAUACCUAUACACCAUACCUAUAAUUAAAAUAAAAAUAAAACCAACGAUAACGACGUUCUGCCUGACGUUAAAGCAUAAGAGCUGAUGGCCAUUUAAUCAAAUGUUAUGUCCAAAUCUGAAAUUUACAUCACAGCAGGCAUGUAGCCUUUCCGUGACAAAAAUCCAAAUUUUACACAAUUUCGCUUUCACAACGCUUCAGAAUCCAAGAUGGCAUCCAAUAUGGCGCUCAGCUCUUCGUGUAUUAUUAUCAGAAAUGACACCAAAGAUGUUUUUUAACAUAUUAUAGCUGUUUAUAAUUGUAAUAAAUGCACCAAUAUUGUGGUUCCACAUUUU